AUGGCUGAUUGUUUGUAUGUGAGAGUAUUCGUAGAGAGAGAUUGCAGAGAGAGAAGAAGAAUUUUUUUUUUCUUGAAACAAUCAUUUUGUUUUUUUAUUUUUAUGAGAGAGAUCGUUAUUUUAUUUUAUAAUGAUUCCAUGUUGGAAUGGAAUAGUUAUUCCUUAGCUUCCCAUAUCGAAUAAGUAUUCUCACUUUUUGUUGGAAUGGGCAUUCUCAUGGAAUAACUAUUCCCACUUAAAUAAAACAUAACAAUUGAGGGAAAGGGAAUACAAAGCUAGAAUAGGCAUUCCAUUCCAGCCCAUUCCAUCGUACCAAACGUGCUCUUAAUAAUGCUUACAAUUCUUAGACAAAAGUUUUAUCAUAUUGACUCAAAUACUCUUGUUGCUCAAGUAUGGUCCUUUUUUCUUACCCGAUUUGUGGUGUUGAGUAUCCGCCAUACUCAUUUUCUCAGGACUUGGAGCAAUUUCCUCGUGUCCAAGUUAGAUUAAAACUUCAGAAAAGGAAUCCCGAUGCUGGGAAGGCUUUCAAUCUGAACAUUACAUUGGAAAAAACAAAUUCCCGGCGCAAACAAUCAAGAGCUUUUACCCCUCGAUUCCCAAAGUUGAAAGAUGAAGCAUGGUGGUUGGUCCUAGGUAACACCUCAACCUCUGAACUCUAUGCUCUGAAGAGAGUUUCUUUCUCCAAUCGAUUGGUCACCCACAUGGAGUUGCCGUCAACUCCAAGCACUAUCCAGGGGGUGAAGCUGAUUCUAGUGUCAGAUUGUUACAUUGGGUUUGAACGAGAAUACUCUGUAGGACUUGUUUAACCUUAAUAACUGGAAGCUGGAAUUUUUGAGCAUUGUAAGUCCCAAAUUUCAGAAGCCAAAUUACACAUAUGAUUGAGUGUUUUUGUCAAUAGAUAGAACAGAUAUAGUAGGGUCAGCUUCAUUCAAAUGGAAUAUACAUUUGAGUAUACUAGAUAUGUCAAUAUUAUUUUUCUAUCCAUAUGUCUAUGGAGCCCAAUGUAAUUAAAACUUAAAAGGAACCCAAUGUAAUUAUGUUAAAUUUGUGUGGCU